GUUUUAUUUUAGAAUUCCAUAAACAUUACCAAUCCCCGGUUUACGGGAUCCCGACGGAAAAAGAGCGAAAAUUCAAUGGACGACCUAUACAAAAAAUAGGGGAUUACGACAAACACAAGACAGCCUUGAAACACGAGCAUUAUGGGAAGACCACCUCUAACGGUCGCCGGCCUUCUCCUUUUCUACGCAUGCGCAGUUGGAGCAUCAGUUCAGUCGAUGCCUUUCCAAGCAACUAACCCAUCAGCUUAUGCGCCCGCACUCUACGGUCAGCAGGCAUUCCUUCAAGCUCCAGUCUCGUAUUAUAAUCAGCCAUCGCAACAGCGGCAGGUAUGGCAGGCUCAACAAUACCAGCAAGCACCGCAGGCUCAGAGAUACCAGCAAGCACCACAAGCUCAACAGUUCCUGCAGACACCGCAGGCUCAACAAUAUCAGCAGCUUCAGCAGUCACAGCAGGCUUAUUACGCACAGCCGCCAGCCACCGUACCCCCAACACCAGCACCAACCACGCCUCCCGCAUGCCCCUCCUCAUGCCCCACAAGCUGCUACCCGGACUGCCACGCCCAGUGCUGUGAUCCUAAACCUCCACCAAGAGCUCUCUACCUGAAGCGAGCAGAGAAGACCGCGACGGCAUGCGAGGGACACAAGCUCAAACUAGAGUGCCCAAACAAGUAUGACCGGAUUAUCCUGUACAGCACCUUCUACGGGCGCAAGGAUAACAAGACGUGUCAGCAUGACGUCAUCCCCUCCAAGGGGUACUGUGCACAGCAAGAGAUGAGAGUCAAUGAGAAGGUAUUUGAUCUCUGCGGGCACGAGCGUCGUUGCCUGGUUUCGGCUCAUAAUCGAUUCCUAGCCAAAAGUAACACCACCAUUUGUCCAGGGCUAUACAAGUACUUACAGGUCACCUAUCGCUGCUCACAACACCCCAGGCUGUACACGCAUUGCCCUCUACCGUGCAAGAACCCACAGAAGUGCUUCCCAAGAUGCACCGCGGACUGUUGUUCACCUAAAACGUGUCCGGCAAACUGUCCAGCCCACUGCUACCCUUCAUGCGACAAACGCUGCUGCACCCCCCCAGCCCCCCCUCCCCCUCCCCCUCCAGCGAGGUGUCCAGCCGCCUGUCCGUCAUACUGUACACCGCCCUGUACGGCGGAGUGCUGCUACGGCCAGCUUCAGCAGCAACAGAUGCUCGAGUUCCAGAAGAAGGUACAACAACAACAGGCAAUGUACAACAUGCAGCUUCGCCAACAGCAAGAGGCCAAUUUAGCAGCGAGACGUUCACGCAUCGCACAUCCAAUGCAGCAGUCCAUUCCAGGGUACCAAAAUUACCAGCGAAGCUCGUUUCCCCAGACUUCAUACAAUAACUACGCGAGAACUGUAAACUCCUGCCCAGGAUUCUGUCGGAUGUACUGCGCCACAGGGUGCCCACCACAGUGUUGUGCCUAAAGCGGAUGAUGAAUUGCACUAUCGAAUAUAUUUCGAGAGAUUAAAUAUACAUGAGAAUCAAUGUGUUUCAGCCCGAAGUGCAUUAUGGGUAGCGUAUCAGUGCAUCUCUGAAAGCCAUGUGAAUGUUCACAGGUAUAUGAACAAGAAUAUUACAACUUUCCAAGCCUGGAUUUGUUUUAUUUGCGACUUCAUUUUUAUUUGAUACCCAUGAAGCAAUGCGGGCUAAGGCCAAUUAAUUCUCUUGGUGCAUCACCUUUGAAAUGGGUGUACUGCGGAAGUGAAUAGCAAUAACUCAGUCUAUGAAUACAUUGUAAGUCAUAAAAAGGCAUAUAAGCAAUAACUUUUUAUCUACAUUCUUGAAGCAAUCUUUGUUUUUUUUUUAUUUGAAUGCAAACAAGAGUCAAAGAUGUAAGCUUGGACCAUAAAGUGACGUAUAACAUUUCAUAAUGCUAUAUUAGCCUCUCAAUAAUGAAAACAUUUGAGAAAAUAUAAACUGUUUCGGUGAGAUAUUCGCUUUCUCUUAGUAUCCUUAUGCUUAUAUUUUCUGUAGAUGCUAUAACAAAAAUAUGGUAAUUAUACGGUGAUGAUGACGUUGACAUAGCAACUGUAACCCAGAGCAACCACGAGCACCGGCCAUAACAUUUAACGCGUUGUAAAUACAAGAGUCUGUGUUGAACAAAAAUAUCAAAUAUACAAAUAAAUUUGAUACAUUUAGUUUCGAAAUGAUGGAUUCUAUUUCCUAGAAUACAGUUGAAGGACCCUCAAAUGGCUCUCACAAAUUCAUCCGCAAUUUCAAAGCAGUGACGUUUGGCUUAUGCUUAUAUUUUCUGUAGAUGCUAUAACAAAAAUAUGGUAAUCAUACGGUGAUGAUGACGUUGACAUAGCAACUGUAACCCAGAGCAACCACGAGCACCGGCCAUAACAUUUAACGCGUUGUAAAUACAAGAGUCUGUGUUGAACAAAAAUAUCAAAUAUACAAAUAAAUUUGAUACAUUUA